GUGUCAUGGCUUCUUUCAGGUAGUAGGUGUGACCUUGAAGAAAAAGUGGUUCAGUCUUCCAAAAAGUGACUUGACCCCAAUUUUGGGGAAAAGCUCUAGGGCGGCAGAUAAGGCUGUUGCCAUGGUGAUGAAGGAGAUACCGAGACAGCCGUCUGCAGAGGAAAAGCCCCUCCUUUCUAUGACAUCACAGCUUGUGAAUGAGCAACAGGAAAGCAGGCCUCUUCUCAGCCCAUCUAUAGAUGACUUUCUGUGUGAAACUAAAUCAGAAGCCAAGGCCAGGCCAGUAACUUCAAAUACAGCAGUGUUAUCACCAGGACUGGAUCUUCUAGAUCUAAGUGAACCAAUUAUCCCAACCCAGAGUAAAGGGAAAAAGUCGGAACCUGCACUGAAAGGGGAAUCUUCCAAAGGACAAUCCAUUAAAAAGAAAGUGGAUGAAACAGACCUCAUCAAAUCUGAAGCUGAGAGAAGCACAAAAACUGUCAGAAUUCCAGAAAAAUCAUCUUUGGAUUUAGCCCACAUUCAGACGCAGCUGGAAAAGUGGGGUGAUGGGUGUUUUCGAGGAGAUAAAAGCAGCGAGUAUCAUCGGGGCUUGGACAGAAAAUCAUCUAAGGAAUCAUCUAAAGAACUCUUAUGGUCAGCAGAUGGUAGAUCACAAGGUGACCCAGUCAGAGAUAGGAGUAAUGUAGCGGAGACCGAGCAAGCAUCUGACUUAGAACUAGUACCUGCGUCAAAAGGACUACUGAAUCGGGAAUCACGUUUAGGGGGAGCAUUUCUGUCCAGAAACCAUUCACUGGAAGAAGAAUUUGAAAGGGCUAAAGCUGCAGUUGAGUCAGACACUGAAUUUUGGGAUAAGAUGCAAGCUGAAUGGGAAGAAAUGGCAAGAAGGAACUGGAUUUCUGACAGUUCAAACUGUUCAAACCAGACUGGAACAUCAUCUAAAGAAACGGGUUAUUAUUUCCACAUGGAUAAUCCAUUUAGGGAAUGUUCUGCUUCCUUUGAAGAAGGUAUGAAGAAGUUGAAAGAAGGGGAUUUGCCUUUGACUAUUUUAUACUUGGAAGCUGCUAUUUUGCAAGACCCAAAUGAUGCAGAGGCUUGGCAGUACCUUGGUAUCACUCAAGCAGAGAAUGAGAAUGAACAGGCUGCUAUUGUCUCUCUACAGAGGUGCUUACAGCUACAACCAAAUAAUUUAAAAGCAAUCAUGGCCUUGGCUGUCAGCUAUACCAACAUAGGGCAUCAGCAAGAUGCAUAUGAAGCUCUGAAAACAUGGAUUAAGCAGAAUCCCAGAUAUAAGUUUCUAGUGAAGAAAUCUGAAUCUCCAGCAUUGACCAGGAGAAUGUCAAAACCAUUUUGUGAAAGUGUUUCCUUGGAAGAGGUAAAGGAUUUGUAUCUAGAGGCAGCACAUCAGAAUGGGGACCUAAUAGACCCAGACUUGCAGACUGGACUCGGAGUUUUGUUUAACCUAAGUGGGGAGUUUGAUAGAGCUGUAGAUGCUUUCAACUCUGCCUUAAUGGUCCGACCUGAUGACUACUCGCUUUGGAACCGCCUGGGUGCAACAUUAGCCAAUGGAGACAAAAGUGAAGAAGCAGUAGAGGCCUAUUCGAAAGCCCUGGAGAUACAGCCAGGAUUUAUUAGGUCCAGAUAUAAUUUAGGAAUAAGCUGCAUUAAUCUUGGAGCACACAGAGAGGCUGUUAGCAACUUCCUUACAGCCCUAAGCCUGCAGAGGAAAAGCAGGACUCAGCUGCAGUCUCUUCAACCAGUCAACUCAGGCAACAUUUGGUCUGCACUCAGAAUAGCUCUUUCUAUGAUGGAGCAGCCAGAACUGUUUCAUGCUGCCAAUGUGGGAGACCUGGAUAUUCUCUUGAGAGCCUUUAAUAUAGAAUCAUGAACGACUGGACCUCAAUGCUCUUUUCUACAAAUCAAGUAUUUGCUGCAGAUGGGCAUGAUAUUCAGUACUUCCAUCAGAUGAUAACUUGGCCUUUUUAUCCCAAAUAUUGCUCAGUUACAUCUGACAUAAAAGCACAAACAGCAAGGAGUUGCAGAUUACAUUAUUUUAUGAACAUUUGAAUAAGAUUAGCUUUCCAAUAAAGACCAUUUUCAGAGAAAUUAUCUUUUAUUAGAUCUCUAUGAGACUGAUCAGACUGCAUAAAGGAGUCCUAGAUACUUUUAUACAGCAAACUAGUCCAAAUUCUGGAUGUAUUUCUUCCAUACUUCAUCAGAUGCCCGUGUUUUGAAGGUGCUGCUCUGUACUUAUGCUUAGUACUAUGACCAUCUGCAGUACAAAGAAGGAAAACUCUUGGCCAGUGCAUGAGGAUCUAUACCAACUAUACAAUGAUUGCUCAUAACUUGUAUGACCUUUAUACAUGUAAGUAGAUGUGGAGUAGUUUUAUUAGCAUCACUUUGCAAUCCCUGCUAUUAUAUAUGUAAGCAGGUACCUUCCAAGGAAUACCAUCUAUAAGAUCCAGCGCACCUCAACAUACAGUAGCAAUCAAGAGUCUGAAGUUGGUUGUCAAAAAUGCCUUUGCUAACUGAUAUAUGGGGUAUUGUCCACAGGUAUAACCAACUGCCAAAAUUCAUUAUAACUUUACAAAUACAAAGAGAAAGUUGCACUGAUUGAGGCUGUACCAAGCCUGUUUGUAACUAUACGUUUGCACUUUAGUCAGUUUUAAUUAUGCAUGACAUUAGUGUCUAAUAGUAAUGAAAGAUUUAAAAAUCUGCCUGAAAUGGCAAAUAGGACCAAAUAUAUUCUAUAGGGAUAUUUUUAUCCACUAAUAUCAUGAAUUAUGUACACUUUUAAAAAUGCUGGUAAAAAUGAAUAUAAAACCAUAUGCAAACUGACAUAAUCGAAACCAGAGAUGAGCAGUUCUGUUCAGUUGUGGAAGAGCUGUAAGGGGUCUAUCAGCUUCCAUGUGGACCCAAGGGUGCUCCAGUAAUAAUACAUAUAUGCUUUCUUUGAGACAAUUCUCCCUUUUUCUUCACGAGUUUGGAUAAUAAUUUAUACUGGUCAGAAAGUUUAAGUAAAUGCCAAUGACACAAACCUAUUUAAGAAUAAUGGGGGUUAAUGAAUGUUUGGAAAUCCCCAGCCAGAAAAAUUUGCCAAUAAAACAGAUAUCAGCUCUAAAAUAAUGUCAAGAACCUGUAGAAUCCCUUCCCUUGAGAAGGUAUAUAUGUAUGCUGCACAGUAGACACUAGGAGACACAGUAUAACUAUUUUAGAGCAUGGAUCAUUGAUAAUAUAUCCUAUAUGCCUAUUUAUUAGACCUUUUCUCCGAAUAUUUAAUCAGUGUGAGUUAGCAUUCAGAUAGAAGCAUGUUAAAUAGCUGGGCAAUUUCAGAAAAACAUUGCAAAAGCAGUAAUUAUGUAUCAAGGGCAGUAAUUCUAUUGCAACCAAUCAGAUUCAAGCCUAUUCUAAUUAUAAAAGGGAAAGAUAAUUUCAAACAGGUUGCUUUGGGUUACUGCACUUUGUACAUUGCUGUUUAUCUUAUGGAAUAAGCCCCUGUGGUUUUCAGCAGUAUAUCUUCCUUUAUGUUAUAGGUUCAGCAUUUAAAACAAAAUCCUGCUAUUGUCAGUGAUGUGUUAGACUAUUCAUUUUUAUUUUUUUAUU